UCCAAAUAAAAAAACACAAACCCAUCAACAUAAGGCACCCAAAACACCAUGACACAAUACAGUCGCAGUACUUCACCAUUAAUCUGCAGAUACACACCAAUUCCAGUCCCAUUUCUGCUGCGGAGAAAACAAAUUUCAAUAAACCAUAAAAUUCAUCCCAUCAUAAUGCAAUCGUCAUCAUCCUCAUCCUCUUCAAACCCCACCGAAAGCCCUAAAAAGGUAAUAGUUUGCGGCGCCGGCGUAAUAGGCGCCUGCACAGCCUAUUUCCUAGCCCAGAAGGGCGCUCAUGUGACCGUAGUGGAAAAGUCGGCCCCUGCCUGCGCCGCAUCUGGAAAGGCCGGCGGCUUCUUAGCCCUCGACUGGUGCGACAAUGGCCCCCUCUCCGCCCUCGCCCGCCGCAGCUUCUACCUCCACGGUCACCUGGCCGACCUCCUCAGCGGACCGACCGCUUACGCCUUCCGCCGUCUUGAAACCCUAGCCCUAACAAUCCAGGAAGCGGCGCCGCCAAAGCAAGGGUUGAAGCUGCCAGAAUGGGUCGAUGGGCCUGCCACGCGUGCGUCUUCCAUUGGUACAACUCAGACGACAGCUCAGCUGCAUCCCUAUCUUUUCACCCGGAAGAUUCUGGAUACUGCUGUGGAGAAGUAUGGAGUAACUGUAGUUAAGGGCGAGGUUAAGGAAGUGAGGUUAAGUGAGGGUAAUGUUGCGAGUGGAGUUGCGGUGGAUGAUGGAGAGGUUUUGUUGGGGGAGUGUGUGGUUUUGGCAAUGGGCCCCUGGUCUGCUAAGAGCACGGUCAUAUCGGGGCUUUGCAGGAUAUCGGGGCUUAAGGUGCAUAGCAUUGUGUUGAGGCCUCAGGUGCCUGAAGCCAUAGGACCGCAGGCUUUGUCUCUGAGGUAUAAGACUGCGGAGGGCGUGUCCUUGGAUGAUCACGAAGUGUAUCCACGUCCUACGGGUCAGGUGGUGAUUGGCUUUGUUUAUGAAGAUAAAGAAAGUGAUGAUGGAGAUGAAGAAAGUGAUGAUGAUAGUGAUGGUGAUGAUGAUGAUGAUAGUGAUGAUGAUGAGCAAGUGUGUGGAGGGUGAUCCAACAUGCAGCCCAGCAGGAAGGUUCUUUUGUAACUCAGGGAGGUGCUGCAGUAAGUACAACUGGUGUGGGAGCACUGCAGACUACUGUGCACAGAACAACUGCAUUGCUCAGUGCUGGCCUGGUGUCACUGCCCUCAUCUACACAACAUCUCUUCUCACAACAUUCAACCACACCGCAUCUCUUCACAAUUAUCCCUAGAGCAAGUAUUAAAAUAUAAAGUACGUCAAAAGUAACAGUAUCUAGAAUAAUUUCAAGAGCAAGGAUUAAUAAAUGAAUGUUAACGGUGAGUAAUUUAUGUGUUUGGUUUUGGUAAAUCAACAAAGGGUA